GGAAUUGAUUCAAAUACCAAACCCCAACAUGUUGAUUUUUUUAAUUUUAUUUUUUAUAUUACCCCAAAUGUUGAGUAACAGUUACUAUUGUGUAUAAAUUCUUGCAAAGCUUUCAACUUUGAUAUCAUGUGUGGUGCCAUAAACUCGUCAUGGGACUCACUCACUCUCGCUCUCGCUCUCAAGCUCAUUCUCACUCACCUUAUUCUUUCCAUGAUCAAAAUAUGGAUAUGGGGAUGAGGGAAUCCAACACCACCCAGGCGGACGUUUCUUUCAUGCUCACUAAGCAUGUUUUUUCCAAAGAGAUUAAAGGCGAUGUAAACCUCGUGUUUUCUCCCCUCUCAAUUCAAAUUGUGCUUUGCCUGAUUGCUGCCGGCUCCAACGGGCCAACAAGGGACCAGUUGCUCUGUUUCCUCAAGUCCAAAUCCAUUGAUGAACUCAAUUCUCUGUAUUCUCAUCUUGUCAACAUCGUCUUUGUAGAUAGCAGCCACAACGGAGGUCCACGUUUAUCCAUUGCUAAUGGUGUUUGGAUCGACCAAUCACUGCCUUUUAAGCGUUCUUUCAAAAAGGUUGUUGAUAAUGUUUACAAGGCUGCUUCAAGUUCUGUUGAUUUUCAGUACAAGCCUACUGAGGUCGCCGAUCAAGUCAAUCAGUGGGCUAAAAUGAAAACAAAUGAUCUCAUCAAAGAGAUUCUUCCUCAUGGCACAGUAAACAAUAUGACAAGACUCAUCUUUGCCAACGCACUAUAUUUUAAAGGAGCAUGGAAUGAAAAGUUCAAUGCUUCAGAAACAAAAGACCAUAAAUUCCAUCUCCUCAGAGGAGGGUCUAUUAAAGCACCCUUCAUGACCAGCAAUAAUAAACAAUAUGCAGUAGCCUUUGAUGGCUUUAAAGUGUUGGGACUUCAUUAUAAACAAGGCAGAGAUACGCGUUGCUUCUGCAUGUAUUUAGUUCUGCCAGAUGCCCGUGAUGGAUUACCAGCUUUGAUAGACAAAAUUAGUUCGGAACCAGGAUUUUUAAGUCGCCACCUUCCGUUUGAAGAGGCAACAAUGCGCAAGUUUCUUAUCCCUAAAUUCAAAACAACUUUCGGGUUUGAAGCUUCUAAUGCUCUAAAGGGACUUGGCAUCACUUUGCCUUUCUCUGGUGGUGGCCUCACUGAGAUGGUGGAUUCCCCUUUAGCUGGGAGGUUGUUUGUUUCGCAGAUUUUUCACAAGUCCUUUAUUGAGGUAAACGAGGAAGGAACCGAAGCUGCAGCUGUUACAGCUAGUUUAAUAGUGUCCAAGUCCCGGAUAAUUAAGAAGGAAAUCGACUUUGUUGCUGACCAUCCAUUCUUGUUCCUUAUAAGAGACGAUGCUACUGGGGCUGUGUUGUUCAUAGGGAGCGUGUUGAAUCCUCUAGCUGGUUAAUUAGCCCAAAUUGCAUGAAUUAUAUAAAGCUUUGUAAAGAAGGAUAGUUCUAUAGUGGACAGAGAGAGGUGUUAUGUAUCUAAAUAACCAGUUUCCUUAUGUAUCUGUUGGUUGAGAGGCAUUAUGUGUAUCUAAAUUACCAGUUUCAUGAUUUGGGUACUCUUUUGAUGAGAUUUUGUACUUUAUCUUUGGCAUCUUAUAAAAUUGACUCGUCUAUGCUUAUGUUAA